AUGCCCUCCACGUCAUCCGGCCCUCACUCAUGCGAGUGGUGUCGCAGAUUCUUCGUCAUACGCGCCGAAGCCGAUAUCCCGCGUCGGGAUCGGGGCGACAGAUACGACGCUAGGUGGAACAAGAUCGUAUUCGACACCAGUCUCACAGAACUUCUCCAAGUCCAGCAGAAAACAUGUGCCUUCAUAGACUGGAUCCUCGACGGGGAGUGUAUCGCACGACCAGACAUUGGCGAAUGCGUCGACAACAUAUCCGGCGAGGUCUAUCAGAUGGACAUAGAAGAGCUCGAGCAGUUCCACAGCCAGACGGACCAGGACUCGGACUACAGGCUUCCCUCCAUGCGCCACGCCCUGCGGAGCCGCAGCGAUGGAUACAUAAACUUCGGUCUCGUAGCCGAGACGAAUCCCCCGUUCCGUAUGGGCGGUGACCGCACGCCAGACGUCCUGACGAUAGAAUACUUUGGACUUUGGGACCCGCGCACGAAGCACGUUUCGUAUAGGACGGUCAAGGGUCUGCAGAUAUACACGCCUCAUGAUAACCCAGCGGCCAGAGACUUCUGGACGCGGCCAAUACAGAAUAAUGCUGCGUAUUGUCUGCCUGCAGUAAAGUCAUGGCUGGCCGAGUGCGAGGAUAAGCACGAAAGGUGUUGGGAGCUGAAGACGCAGUCUGGGCCGUCGGCACUCAGGCCCGUUAGGCUAAUAUGCAUUGAUCCAAACUCUGUAAGAGGGAGCUAUUCGCUGCGGUUACAAAAUACGGUGGCUCUAAACCCUUUACCGAGAUUCGCAGCUUUGAGCUAUUGCUGGGGCGGCAAUCAGACGGUGAAAUGCGAGACGUCUACACUAGAAGCAUUCGAGAAGGAUAUUCCCUUUGAAAAGCUGCCUCGGACGAUACAGGAUGCCGUCACAGUCUGCUCGCAGCUCGGAGUCGAACACAUUUGGGUCGACGCACUCUGCAUCAUUCAAAAUGAAGGCGACGACGAAAAGAUUUUGGAAAUUGCAAAGAUGCCUUAUAUUUACGGUCAAGCUUCAUUCACCAUCAUGGCAUCCAGAGCCAAGACUGCGUGGGACGGGUUUCUCCAGGACAGAGAGUCGUUCACAAAGUCCGAUCAAGCAUUUCUUCUCUCGUGGCAGUCAGAAAGGGGCGAAAUGGGAUCGAUUGCCCUGGUUGAGUUGGAGACGGGGCCUGAACCUAUCGACGAGCGGGGGUGGACUUUUCAAGAACGUCUUUUAUCUCCCAGAAUUGUCGAGUUCGGCUCCCGGCAAACUCGAUGGAGCUGUCAAGAACCGAUUCCAUCAACCACGGGGAACGAUACGCGAUACGGUCUUGACGUCGGCGAGGGUGCAACCGACGGCUGGAGGAAGGUUGCAGAGCCCAAUGACUUGAGACAGGACUCGUUCAACUGGGGCCACUGCUCCAAGACUCCAUCACCAUGGGGUGCCCUUGUGGAUAUUUACACCAGCCGCAAUUUGUCAUUCAACACUGAUCGUGCUCUGGCUAUGUCGGGGGUCGCGGAACGCUUCGCCGUGUUGACUGGCGAUGAGUACGCCGCGGGUCUCUGGAAAAGGAGCAUCCGGGACGAAUUGCUGUGGAGAGUGGAACAAGAUGAGCGUCGGAAUCGGCCCGCGGUCUAUCAGGGGCCAUCGUGGUCGUGGUUUGCCGUUAAUAGCAGUGUGAGAGCAUACGUGGCUCUGGGUGAUGGUUGGGAGAUCCCUACAUUCGAGGGCGAUGUGACGGAUGCGACGGAGGUUUACCACGCCGAAGUCGUAUCUAUUUCGGCCGAGCCGGUGAACAAGAAAGCGCCCUACGGCGACGUCUGUGACGAUUCAGGCCGGCUUAGAAUUCGUGGGCGACUCGCCGCGGCCACCCUCAAUCAUCCUACAGGAGAUUCGAGAAAUGAUUCGGAAGAUGUCUUUGAUAUUAGCAGUCCUCAGAGCGCACAUGGUGUUUCCGACUCAGGGAUCAGGCUCAUGAGUACCAGAAACAUCAGCUGUCAUCUUGACUGCCUAGAUGAAGUAGACGUCAAGUCUGCAAUGCCGGCCAUCGGCUCUGAGGGGUACGUGGCGCUGGAGAUCAAGAGAGUGCGCGGGUACUCUGCCGAUUGGACUAUACUCGGAUUACUUCUACAGCCGUCUGAGAAGAAUGGGGGAAGUUCAUUGACUGGUGUACCAGUUUACAGAAGAAUUGGCACGUUUGAGUUGGAGCUAGAGACUACUUUUGAUGGCUUGGAUGAUGACGAAAAUCAUGAGAGCGAGGAGCGUUGCUUCUUCGACUUCAUCCCACCGCAAGUAAUUGAGUUAUCUUGA